ACAUGAAAAUUGAACAUGAAACAUACAUUCUCAUCCAGUAAAAGUGUGUUGUCAUUCGAUUCGGCGUGACAAACGUUUACUAAGCUGUUAAAAAGACUUUAUAACAAUGGCUAUGCUUAACGAAUAUUCGGGUAGAAAUCUACCAGAUUAUGAAUUUGAAGCUGUGAAAAAGGUGCACUUUAGUCCAUAUGCCGACAACGGAGGGAGUGUGAUAGCUCUUGCUGGUGAUGACUUUUGCAUUAUCGCAGGAGAUACCCGUUUGAGUUCUGGAUUCUCAAUUUACACUCGAGAGCAGCAAAAGCUCUUUCCGCUUUCGAAUACCACGGUUUUGGGUUGUUCUGGCUGUUGGUGUGAUACUUUAACUCUCACUCGAAUAUUGUCAGCUCGUAUGCAGAUGUAUAAACAUGAACAUCAUAAAGAGAUGUCAACGCCUGCUGCUGCACAGAUGCUUUCUACAAUGCUCUACUAUAAAAGAUUCUUCCCUUAUUAUGUGAGCAACAUGCUGGCUGGUUUAGAUGAGAAUGGCAAGGGUUGUGUAUACAGUUAUGAUCCUAUUGGCCAUUGUGAAAGAUCUAAUUACAGAGCAGGAGGUUCUGCAGGUGCUCUUCUUCAACCUUUACUGGAUAAUCAGGUUGGUUAUAAAAAUCAAGAAGGUGUUGAUCCAACUCCAUUAUCUCAAGAACGUGCCCUCUCUAUUAUUAAAGAUGUAUUCAUCUCAGCAGCUGAGAGAGAUAUUUACACUGGUGAUGGAAUCAGUAUCAAAAUCAUUACCAAGGAUGGUGUAAAGAAUGAAAGCUUUAGUCUGAGAAAGGAUUAAUUGUUCUAAAUAUUUCAUAAUGUAAUAUCGCAUCCAUUUACGAAAAAAAAAUAUAAUACUUUACAAUUGUGAA